AUGGUCUUCGGCGAGAAUCAGGACCUUAUCCGCACACAUUUCCAAAAAGAAGCCGACAAAGUGCGUCAAAUGAAGACAAACUGGGGACUUUUCACCAGAUCCCGAAUGAUUGCUCAGAGUGACUACGACUUCGUUGUGACUUACGAGCAAGCCGAAACCGAGCAGGAUAGAAGCACGGUGCUAUCAGUAUUCAAGGAGAAAGCAGUCUACGCAUUCGUUCAUCUCAUGUCACAGAUUUCGAAAGACGACUACGUAAGAUACACACUGACAAUAAUCGACGACAUGCUGCGAGAAGACGUCAGCAGAACGAAAAUUUUCGAAGAGGUGGCUGUGCUUUUGAAGAGAUCCCCAUUCUCAUUCUUCCUGGGUCUUCUUCAUCGCCAGGAUCAGUACAUCGUGCACACAACGUUCUCAGUUCUGACAAAGAUGGCGGUGUUUGGGAAUAUUAAAGUCACCGGCGACGAGUUGGACUACUUCAUGGGCUCUCUGAAAGAAGCUAUCACUCGUGGAAUCGCUAACGACUACAUUGCGACGGCUGUCAGAUGCAUGCAAACGCUCUUCCGAAUCGAUCCGUACCGCGUCUCCUUCGUCAACAUCAGUGGCUACGAAUCGCUGUCGCAUGCUUUGUACUCGACUCGAAAGUGCGGAUUUCAAAUACAGUAUCAGAUUAUAUUCUGCAUGUGGCUUCUCACUUUCAAUGGACACGCAGCCGAAGUUGCUCUCUGUGGGAAUCUGAUUCAAACUAUAUCGACAAUUCUGGGGACUUCUCACAAGGAGAAAGUGAUUCGAAUCGUGCUGGCUACGCUGAGGAAUCUUAUAGCUUCCAAUGAAGACGAAUAUAUGAAGAAACAAGCCGCUCGUCAAAUGGUCCAAAAUCAAAUCCUUGUGAAGUUGGAUCAUCUGGAGAAUCGAAAAUUCCAAGAUGUGGAUUUGAUUGAUGACAUGGCAUUUCUUCAAAAAGAGCUGAAAAAAGUGGUCGAAGUUUUGACGUCGUUCGAAGAGUAUGAGAGUGAGCUGCGUCACGGUGCUCUCUUCUGGUCUCCACCUCAUAAAUGCGAAAUUUUCUGGACAGAAAACGCGCAUAAACUCAACGAUAAUCGACAGGAACUUCUGAAGAUGUUGAUUACGAUGCUCGAAAAAAGCAAUGAUCCGUUGGUUCUGUGUGUUGCUGCUAACGAUAUUGGAGAGUUUGUGAGAUAUUAUCCGCGUGGAAAGAUGCACGUCGAACAGCUCGGAGGAAAAGAAGCCCUGAUGCGUCUUCUCACAGUUCCGGAUCCGAACGUUCGCUACUUCGCACUUCUUGCCGCUCAGAAGCUGAUGGUUAAUCAUUGGAAAGAUCUCGGACUCGAAAUCUAA